CGUCAGACAACAGGACGGGAAAGAAGGUGUCUCCAUAGUUGGAGUGAAGAGAGAGUGAAGCAGAUCCAGCUGUGAGUGCUGCAUAGGAGACAUAACUGCACAUCCUCACCAGAGGGCCAAAUAGACCAGGACCCUGUCUUUAGUCCACACUUAAACUAAGGAAGAGGUGACGGGACAAGCCAGGCAGAGCUGAGAAGAGUCUUCAGCAUUUAACACUGCUGAAAACAACACUGACAAGUCUUUUAACAAACAUGAGCAUGGGGAGUCCAGGCUGUGAACACACAGACGGCACUGCAUACUCACCUCUCUACAUCAGCCAUCUGCACACUGACACCCGGAUGGCCUGGCUGGACAAGACGGACGACAUCAAACCCUCCCGCAGCUUGUUAGGGCUUCCUGAGCUCAGCUGGAUGGGGGUCUACCUCCCCUGCAACGACAGAUUAGUUAUGGAGGAGAACCCCUGGGUGUUGAAGAUGACAGAGUCUCCUGCCGCUCCUCCAUCCAGGACGCUCGAGGUGAGCCAAGCCAAGCCAUGCCAGACUCAGCUCCCCUCCUAUGAGAUGGAGGGUCAGGUGGAGGAGCACUGUCUGGAGCAGGUGCAGACCAUGGUGGAGGGAGAAGUGCUGAAGGAUGUCGACACAGCUUGCAAACUGCUCAACAUUGCACCAGACCCGCUGGACUGGAGCUGUAUGCACGUUCAGAAGUGGCUCCUCUGGACCGAGCACCUGUACAGGCUGCCGCAGGUCAGCACCUUUUUUCAGGAGAUGAGCGGGAGGGAUCUGUGCUCCAUGACAGAAACAGACUUCAGACAACGCUCUUUGCAGUUUGGAGACAUGCUGUAUGCUAAUCUGGACAUCUGGAGAUCUGCUGCAGCAAUGAAGGAGCGCAGCCCACCAGAAGACAGGAAAUCUGCAGCUGAUGAUGACUCCUGGUCAGAUGUGAUGUGUAAGUACUCCAGCCAGCCCAUCCACCUGUGGCAGUUCCUCCGAGAGCUGCUCCUAAAGCCCCAUCACUACAGCCGCUGCAUCCGCUGGGUUAACAAAGACAAAGGGAUUUUCAAAAUAGAAGACUCAGCUCUUGUGGCCAGGCUAUGGGGCAUCAGGAAGAACCGCCCGGCUAUGAACUAUGACAAACUGAGUCGCUCCAUACGCCAGUACUACAAGAAGGGCAUCAUCCGAAAGCCUGAUGUAUCACGCAGACUGGUCUACCAGUUUGUCAAGCCCGUUUGAUAAACCAAAGAUAUGCUGGACAUACAGUAGAAGUAACAUAAACCUUGAAGCUGGCUCAUUCAUUGUACAAGAUGUUUCAUUGAAACUGUAAAGACUGCCUACUGAACUAUGCACUCCUGCCUAUCAUGACUCUAUUUUAUUAUUCUUUAUAUCAAUUAUAUUUUAUUUUUCUUAAGCACUCUUGUUGAAAUGUAGUUUUGGUGUGAUGUUUGGUUUCUGCAAAGAAAUAUUUUAAAGAGAUAUUGCUAGUUUGCUUUCUUGCAGCGAGCUAAAUGAGAUUGAUAUCUCUCCACACAGUGUCUGAUGCCAGCAAUCAGCUAGCUUAGCUUAACACAAAGACUGGAAAUGGCUAGCCUGUUUCUGCUAAAGGUUAAAAAUCAUGUGCCUAAGAGCACCUCUAGUACUCAAUAUGUAUCUUAAAUCUUGUUUCUGUAAUGAGUUUAACAUGUGCUGGUAGGUAAAUUGGAGAUAGCUAAGCUAUCUAAGCUAACUAGCUGCUCUUUUCAGCUACAAAUUCAGCAUACAUUGUAGUGAGUGCUGUUAAUCUACUCAUCAAACCCCAGACAAGAAUUAAUUCCAAACUGUCAAAUUAAUCCUUCAAAUUCUCCUUUUGUUUGUACGAUGACACUUUUUGUUAUCCCUAUUCACACUACUUAGAAGUUGCAGCGCAAUUGCCAAAGUAAAUGAAUAUUUUAUUAAAUCUGCCCUGAUGGACAUUCCUUUUUUACAUUUCUAUCUUUGGGAUUAUGUUCAGGAUCCAGAAUAAAGCAAUUUAUAACCAA